AUGGGGAACAUCCAAAAGCUUGCCGAAGGCACUGUCCUUCAGGUUGGGAAACAUAAGGCCACGGUAGUAAAAUAUCUCUCUGAAGGAGGGUUUGCUCAUAUUUACAAAGUUACCAUCGAUCCCUCGGAGAAUGAUUCUAAUAUUGCUUGUUUAAAGAGAGUACUUAUCCAGGAUAAAAAUGGUUUAAACGAACUAAGAAAAGAGGUCGAAGUUAUGAAGACCUUACGUCAUAGCCGAAAUAUUGUCAAAUAUUAUGAUUCUCAUGCCGAAAGAUUGGAGGACGGAACGUAUCAAGUUUUAGUAUUGAUGGAAUUAUGUCCCAACGGGUCUUUAUUAGAUUAUAUGAAUCAACAUAUAAAAACUAAAUUGACUGAAUCUCAGAUCCUUAAAAUCAUGUUGGAUAUCUGUCAAGGGAUAUAUGAGAUGCACAAAUUGAAAUUGAUUCACCGUGAUAUCAAGAUAGAGAAUGUAUUGAUCGAUUCAAAGAAUGUGUUCCAAUUGUGUGAUUUCGGAUCAACAACAGUACCCACGAUGGCGCCACAAGACCAACAACAAUUCAACUACCUUAGUCAUGAUAUUCUUUACCAUACCACACCUCAAUACCGAGCCCCAGAAAUGGUUGAUUUAUAUAGGGGUUUUGCGAUUGAUGAGAAGGCGGAUAUCUGGGCAUUGGGAUGUUUCCUUUAUAAAUUAUGCUAUUACAUUACUCCAUUUGAAACCAAUGGGGAUAUCGCCAUCUUGCAUGCAUCCUUUCAAUUCCCACCAUUACCCGAGUAUUCUGGAGAUCUUAAAAAUCUAAUAAUCAUCAUGCUUCAAGAAAACCCAUUUUUCCGUCCAAAUAUUGUUCAAGUAACCAUGUUGGUUUGUAAAAUAAUGAAACUUGACUUUAAUGAAUUAAAGUUGAAGGAUUUCUACAAUGCUGGUUCUUACAACUUCCAAGCUUUGCAUGAAUACCAAGUCCAAAAGCAGAAUGAGCUUUUAAGACAAAAACAAAUGUAUUACCAACAACAAGCACUUGCAAAUUCAAAAAAUGCAUUACCAUUGAAAGACCAACCUACUGUAUUAUCUGUUCAAGCCACGCAUGCAUCACCAACCCCAGGGCCUGUUCUGGUUCAAAAAGAAAACAAUAAAGAAGCUGCCAAUGAACAUUAUCAACCACCACAUCAACCACUACCAAAUAAUGAAGUUACUUCUGAAUUGUCAUCAACGGUUAAGUCAGAUAAUCUUCAAGUUCCUACAAGUUUGACAGCAGGAUCUUCUGCAGAAUCACUUGCAGGAUUUAGUCUGGAUGAUGACUUGGCUAAAGAGAUUGCCGAAAUCGAAGAUUUGGAAGAUGCCGAGCAAAGAUAUCCAUCAUUGGAUGAAUUUGAUUUACCUGAUGGAACAAGCCAAAAGAGUGCUAUUCCACUGAGACUGACAAGUAUGAAAACUUCUCAUUCGGAUGCCAUUUCAUCCAAGAGUAUUGAGGUUUUUGAAAAAGCCAAUAAAGAGGAGCCAUGCACGAAGAAAGAACAAGCAGAAAAGUUGGCAGAUGAUAUAUUCUCAAAUGUUGUUACUUCACCUGUUGUUGAGAGCCAUGAUAAGUUUGGUAAUUUGGAAGUUGCUAAUGACAACGAUUUACUUGGUUUAUCUAAAGAUGUGGAGAAGUUAGCAGUGGAAAAUACCAAUCCUCAGCAAAUACCAACUAUACCAUCGAAUAAGAGUGGCACCAGGAAUCCAUUUCCAUAUAUACAAGCUACUAGUAUUCCGAAACAAGAGGGGAAUUUUGAGCAAAUUGAAGUUACAAAGAAGAAUAACCCAUGGGGAGGGUAUAGAGCUAAACCAGAAGAAGAUAUGUCUCCAAUUCAACAACCAUUGACUCAGAAAGGCCCAUCACCUCCACAGAAGACGGUACAAGAGGGUUCAAUUCCUACACCUCCUCAACCACAUUUACCAACAAUGAUUGCAUCUACACCCCCACAACAACCGGCUCAAUUGAAUCAACAAAUUCAACCACAGCCACAACCACAGCCAGUACAACCGCAACAACCAAUUGUCACAGAACUGGGUACAGUGCCAAUUUCAACAUCCAAACCAGCACCAUUUUCUUACUUACAGUUUGCAAGUGGAGCACCUUCUGUGGAUGCUGCCGUUGCCCCUCCUAACAUCAUUGUUCCACCUCUUACAAACUCCAAACUGUCUGCUAGUAUUUUGCCUACUGGAGAAGCAUCGGAAAAACCCAAAGUAAGUAUUCAGGAAUCAAAUCUAAUUGACUUAGAAGUUGGUUUAGAUUCUGCUAGUACAUCACCAUCAGUUGUGUAUAGUAAACCAGGAAACGAAUCAUUUGUUUCACUUAUUGAUAUGGAUGACACCCAAAUGAAACAACCAGAGGGAAGACCUAGUACUGAACAAACUAAACCAUUUAAGAAACGAGUAGUAUCAAGUACUCAUACACCUUCUCAAUUGAGUUUACAAGAAGAAGUUAUCGACUUUGCAUCAGAUGAUGAAAGUCCUGAAAAUGGGUCUCACAUGAAUCGUCUUAAGAUAAGAAGCUCUUUGAAAAAACCCAGUCGGACAAGAAGAUCUGGCGAAUACAAGAGAACUGAAAGUAUUAAUGGAGAAACAUCUAAGAAGAGGCUUUCCUUCUUUGGAGGCAGCAGUUAG